CGCCAUCAAUGACGUUUCGUUACUUUCUCGAACUGGCGAAUUGAUUCCGAGUGUGUUAGAUUUCGACGAAUUUUCUUAAAUUUCUUCUUGAAAAUGUUGAAUCCAAGUUCGCUUUUAGUAAGGAGGGCGAUUAAUAGCUUCGUGAGGCACGGGAGUCACGGUGGGCAACCCGGAGAGAAUUUACCAUUUUCGUUGACCAACCGUUUUAGAUUAACAGCUUGGUUCAUUGUUUUCUUCGGAUCGGGUUUGGCCGCACCUUUCAUCGUCUUAAGACAUCAACUUCUUAAGAAAUAAAUUUAAUCAAUUAAAAAAGGAUGUUUGUAAAGCAUUAUUAGUACUUUUAUGUAUUUUAGAAUGUAAUAAAUAAGUAAAAAGAA